GAUAUCUGACUGUUGAUUUGCUGCGGGUGACGCUGACGUCUGUCGGUCCGUCUUCGCCGCACACUCGACCUCCGCUGCCUGUCGCCUUCCGCUCGGUCGAAACAAAUGAUCAGCACCGAGACAGCUGCAACGGCAAUAACUCGACCCCGGCCCACCAUGUCCAUGGCAGCUAUCCUUUUCUCCUUUAGUAACCCCACCACUCUUUAAAAAUUCCGCCUAAAAAGAAAAAGCGUGCUGUCCCCUCUGGUGGCUUUUCAGCAGACGUGUAUAACAACUAUCCAGAGGAUCUAGGGGCAGCUCUAUACCGAGAGCCAUUUGAUUUCAACGCGGAGCCACCUUGGGAUCCUAGCUGAUAGUGGACGAGUUCAUCCCAGGACUCAUCCAUUUUGUUGCAUAAGUCUAGGACCCCAGGGGCUCGAGAGGGAGCGAGCAAGACUACUUUGGACUAGCCACAUUCUUUAUGCCUGUCGGAUUAGAAGAAAACGGUUGAGAGGAUGAAAGGAAUCACUGAUGAACCACAGUACUCUGUUGGCCUUCUGGAGGGAGGCACGGCCCUCUGUGACGUGAUUGACAAUCACAUUUAUGAACAAACUCUGUCUGAGAAGAAUGCAUUCUUCGUAGCAGACCUGGGAGUUAUAAUGAGGCAGCAUGUUCGCUGGCGAACCCACAUGGCCCAAAUUCGACCCUACUAUGCUGUCAGAUGCAACAGCAGCCCAACUGUUAUUGAAGUUCUUGCUGCCCUCGGCACUGGUUUCAUUUGCACCAACAAGUCUGAGCUGGAGCUCGUGCAGAGUCAUGGUAUUCCCCCUGAAGACAUCAUCUACAGUGGCGUUUGCAAACAAGUGUCCCAGAUUAAAUACGCUGCUAAGAACGGCAUCGACCUCCUGGUGUGCGAUAAUGAAGCGGAGCUCCGCAAGAUUUCUCGCUGCCACCCCAAUGCCAAGCUGCUGCUACAGGUUUCGACAGAAGCAUCCAGCCAGAUCGAUGAGAUGAGCAUGACUUUUGGCUGCUCCCUCAAGGACUGCAGGCAUCUCCUGGAGAAGGCUAAGGAGUUGGGUGUGCAGGUGGUUGGAGUCAGGUCUCACAUUUCAAGCUCCUGUGAGGAUAACCAGGUGUACAUUCAUGCCAUAUCUGAUGCCCGUUGUGUCUUUGAUAUGGGGGAGGAAAUUGGCUUCAACAUGAAAAUCCUGGACAUUGGAGGCGGCUUCAGUGGCUCUGAGACUCAGCUGGAACUGAUCAAUAGUGCCGUCAUGUCCAUGGUGGACCUGUACUUCCCUCCUUCUACUGGAGUUUCCAUCAUUGCGGAGCCUGGCAGCUUCUUUGUGUCCUCAGCUUUCACUCUGGCUGUGAACGUCAUCUCCAAGGAGGUGGUGGCACGCGAUUGCCAGGACCAAGCACACGAUGAUCCAUCCCCGAAUGAUGAGCCAGAGUUCCAGUACUACAUGAACGAGGGAGUGUACGGAUCAUUUGCCAGUAAACUCUCUGAAACACUGAUCGCUGCUCCAUCUGUCUACAAGCAGAACACAUCCCUGGACACUCCGGUGUUCAGCAGCAGUCUGUGGGGUCCGUCCGGGGAUGACCUGGACCAGGUAGUGGAGCACUGUCUGUUGCCUGAGCUCAACAUCGGAGACUGGCUCAUGUUCACCCAAGCGGGGUCCUACAGUCUGGGUCAGCCACUCUGCACCUCCACUGACUCACCAACACCCCCUGUAUACUACGUCAUCUCCUCUAGAGACUGGUUCGAGAUGCAGGACACCGGUGUCACCCACGAGGCUUCACUGAAGAACUUCUCAUUGGUCCCUUAUUUCCUCAAUUCCUGCCAAACAGAGGCUGCGCUGUCUGUCCCAGCUUAGAAAUCAUUAAACCAGGAAGACUUUUUAUCUUUCCUUCACUGGUUUCCUGCUGCUAGCUUCUUCUGGCCUACAUUCCACUGGGAUGAACUGAACCGACUGCAGAUAGUGCUUUAAAUUGCUGGGACCAGCCUGAAUUCAUCUCACAAACCCUGAUGUAAAGUAUAGUACGUGAUUAGACCCGGAAACCCUAAAGUAGAUGUUAAUUUGUAUGCAACAAAAUGGAUGACUCCACAAAGACGGAUGCGUCCUUCCCUUUGCUUUGGGCCUCCCACAGCACCACAGUUUACACUCGUACAGUAGACAUAUAAUGAUUUUAAAUGAUUAUAUUUGACAAAUGUAUUAUCUUUAUCUCCAUUGCUGUUGCCAGUCUUGUAAAAUAAGAUAUGUAUCCCUGAGUGAAGCAGUGUAUUUAAAGAGAAACACAGUUCUGAGAUGUUAAAGGCUGCUUUGCUACAAAGUGUGUAUUUAUGAUUUUAAUUGGUUGUAUAGUUUAUUUAGUGUGAAUUUGAUUCAUCAUUACAUUUAAAUCUGUCGUCCUUCUCAGUGUUUUCAAACGGAAACUCGUUUACUCAUCCGUCUGAUGCAGUAAAUGAAGCCGGUGUGAUCCGGUGAAAUCCACUUUAGUGCAGUUUGGUCUGGUGUUGGUUGGGAGGCUAACGGCUCAGUGUUCACCAGUAAGCUGGUGUUUCAGUGUUUUUCUUGAAAGUGCUGAGUAGCUUGCUUGGACCAGCAGGUAACUGCUAUGCCUACAACAUAGCACAGCAGGUUUAUUAUACAGCAUGUGCUGCAGAUGGUACAAGGGAAGUGUUGAUGGGUAAUGAAUCGGCUGACGUAGAAUGGGAUCUUUUAAAAAAAACAUUUUUAAUGCUAGAUCCUUUUUUUGCUAUUUCUAUUAAGAUUUCUAUUGAAUUUGUUUCAAAAUGUAAAUGUUUUUUCAACAUUUAUGACUUUUGAAAGAUUAUUUCCUAACUGGAAGUAAUGUUGCAAAGUGUAUAUGAUAUCUUUGAAGUGUCCCAAUCUGUGUCUAAGGCAUGAUGAAUUAUCAGGCAUUUGCCUGUUGUAAACUUGUAUUUGUGCUUGUCAACAUGAACAGUAAUAAACACCUCAUUGACUGGACUGUGAA